UAAUAAACAAGCGUUUAUGCUGUCCUCAGAUCUGUCCUGUUUUCUUCGCUUGACCUCUAUGUUGGACCGGGCUUUUGAUUUUGAAAGGUCUCUUGGAAUGCUCAGCUGAUGUUGUGCAACUUCUUGAGACAUGGUUCAACCUUUAGGUAAGUUACUGUUUUCCUGCUGGAGCUGUUUCCAACACUAUACGUCAAGUUCACAAAAAGGUCUCAUCAAAUCAGAAACUACAGUUGCUCAGAGCCGGUAUAGGAGAACGGGUCCGAAGCUGCACAGGCAUUGUGAUACCUGUUACAGCCGUCACUGCAAAGCCCCCAUAGAGAUUUCUAUGUCAUGCAUGGUCAUCAACUGCCAUUUGCUUUGUGGUGCCACUUUCCACAUGUGCAAAGAGGAUGAACACUCCCUUCUGUGUCCAAAUGAGAACGUGCCCUGUCUUAAUGCUAAUUUUGGUUGCCCUUUCACCAUGUGUCGCUUUAGGCUGGCCAAACACUUGGAGGUGUGUCCCGCGAGCAUAGUAUGCUGUUCAAUGGAGUGGAACCGCUGGCCUGUUGAGAACCCCGAUGCACCCCUGUAUAUUAACGUCCUGAAAGAAAUCCAUGAGCACAAACCACUAGACCUUUCCAUGGCACUGAGAGACCAGAAACAUCUAUGUGCAAGGUUGAAAAUGAGGAGCUGUUUUCCUGAGUUAAUGGAGGAACGAGAAGUGGAACCCACUCCAACAGAGGAAGAGGGUGCGGUAGGAGGAGAAGCCCUGUCUAACGGGAUGCACAAUGGAAAUGAUGGUCCAGAUUUAGUAAAUGAUUGUGAGAAAGCACUGAAUACAGAUACAGCCUUCAGUUGUGCCAUUGACAAGGAAAAGUACAAUUUGUUUGAAAUGAUGUUUAGUAUGGAAAGGGGUGGUUGCAAGCAGGCAGAGGUUGAGGCAUCCAAAAAAGAUAAGAAAGGAAAAAUGGCACCAUCUAAAAGUUCCAUUAACCCAGCCAUCACAAAGCAUCAAGAAGAUGCCAUAGAACCUGAAAGACAACCAGAAGGAGAAAACACAUCCAAUUUAGAUGUCUCUAAAACUGGACUUGCACCUUGGCAGGAUGGUGUCCUGGAGAGACUUGGGCAGCAGGUAAACCCCAGAGAAUUCAACAUGUAUAUUGUGCAUCAUGGUCGCAUGCUGAUCUCCUUCGGACAAAUGGAUGCUUGUACGCCCAGAGAAAGAGAUUUUGUUUAUGGGAAUCUGGAGCCGAUACCAGUCCAGACUCUUCGUACCUUCAAAGUUCCUAGUAGUUACAAACAAAAACGCAUCCAAUUUAAAGAUACCUCCACGAAGGUGAUGACUGAGGACAAGAAUGUAGGCACGUCUGAUUUUGGUGAGCCUGAAAAUGAUGGCAAUGAGAUGGAUGAGAUUUUUGCAACCUUACUCUGCUCUGCAGAAGCUGAGAUAAGGGGCCAUAAAAUAAGUGAAACAGUGCCAACAGAUGGACUUUAUGUUGACAUUGCAACACAGACGUAUAACUUUUCCACAACUCCCUUCAAGUAUAAUGCAACCCUGUCUGAAGUUACAGCAGACAGGGAUUUAAAACUUCACGUUCAGCUUGAUACAGAAACCGUUUCUCUCAGACACAACAAAACAACCUCUGCAUUCACAUUUCUGUGUGGCCAUUUCUUUCGGCGGGAUGAGUUUGCCUACCAUUUUAAGAAUGUGCAUUCAGAUAUUCAAUCAUGUUUGAGUGGCUGGUUUGAGCAGAGAUGUCCUUUGGCCUACCUCGGUUGCACCUUUAGUCAACAAAGACUCCAACCUGCAACACAAACAGCCACAGUCUUCUAUAACCAAGACCUCAGCAUUUUCAGCCUAAGACCUGAAGUCCCUGUAUCUCUAACCAAUGAUACCCAGACCACCAAUGCACUAAAGACAAGUGUGAGAUAUGAAGAUUAUCUUAGUAACCUUCCAUUUGAGGUGCUUUGCCACAUUGCUGGUUACCUGGAUAGUUUCACCCUAUCCCAGCUAGCCUUGGUCUCAGGAUUGUUCAGGAAUAUAUGUGCCACACUUCUUCAGGGAAGAGGAAUGGUGGCCUUUAAAUGGCAGAAAAAGACAUACUCACAUGGAGGAGCCAGCUGGAAACCAACAGUAGUCUGGGAGUUCAGUAGCCUUUUUAGUAAAGUAGGUAACUGGUGCAUUGGAGACACACCAUCAAUGGCUGAGCACCUGAAACACUGCCCAUUCUACCAAACUGAACUGAAAACAGAGCCAUUUUCCCUGACCAGUAAUGACAAAAAAAGAGAGGAGAGACACAGUUUGGUCACUUUACUUAUGGGACAGAAAUGAUAUAGUGACUGGGAAUUUGUCUUCUUAAUUUGAAGUUUUUGUGUGAAUACAUGGUCGAACAUUGUGAGAGACAUGUCAUGCAGAAACUUUACAUGUGUUUGACUUCUGACUGGUCAUUGCCUUUUACCUUUUGUUCUCUAUAAAAGUUACAUUAAAUUACACUGACAAUAACACUACAUGUGUGCUUAGACUUAAUUUGCAUUGCACUUUGUCAUGUUAAAAGGUCAAUAUUUUAUGUUGCAUGUACACAAGUGGCCAAAAGUUUGGAUUGAUGUACAGAUUUUGCUGUUUUGGAAGGAAAUUGGUACUUUAAUUCACCAUAGUGGCAUUCAACUGAUCACAAAGUAUAGUCAGGACAUUACUGAUGUAAAAAACAGCUCCAUCACAAUUUGAAAAAAGUCAUUUUUGAUCAAAUCUAGACAGGCCCCAUUUCCAGCAGCCAUCACUCCAACACCUUAUUCUUGAGCCCUAAUCAGGCUAAUCAAGCCUCAGAGAGGGAUAAAGGCCAACUGGAGACAGCAGUGGGACAGAGAGAGAGAGAUUUACGGACAGCUGUCUGACACCUGUGUAAGUUUAUGAUUAAAAUAUUAUUUAUAUUGUCAAGCUGGUUCUCACCUCCUCCUUUCCAUUAUUCCCUUUACACCAUUAUAUCAA